ACUUUCCCCUCUCUCCCUCUCUCUCUCUCUCUCUCACACACACACACACACAAUCCAUCCACGUUGUCUUUGUCCAUGGCCUCCUCUUCCCUCGCCUGCACCUUAUGCUGCUUCUCUCUCUUCCGACCCAAAACCUCUUUUCCAUAUUCGGUCCCGUUCUCCCUCCCCUCCAAAACCAAGCAUCUGAACCGAUUUCGAUUGUUCUCGAUGGCUUCGGAACCAAAGGAAUCGCCGGCCAACAAUCCUGGCCUCCAUGCAACCCCUGAUGAUGCCACUAAGUCUUACUUCAUGCAACAAACUAUGUUUCGAAUUAAGGAUCCGAAAGUGAGCCUUGACUUCUAUUCUCGCGUCUUGGGCAUGUCGUUGCUUAAGAGAUUGGAUUUCCCAGAAAUGAAGUUUAGCUUAUACUUUCUGGGCUAUGAGGAUUCAGCAUCUGCUCCAGCUAAUUCUGUUGAUAGAACAGUUUGGACCUUCAGUCAGAAAGCUACAAUUGAGCUAACACAUAAUUGGGGUACUGAAAGUAAUCCUGAAUUCAAAGGAUACCACAAUGGCAAUUCAGAACCUCGUGGCUUUGGACAUAUUGGCAUCACUGUUGAUGACACCUACAAGGCAUGUGAAAGAUUUGAACGCCUGGGUGUGGAGUUUGUAAAGAAACCAGAUGGUGGAAACAUGAAGGGGCUAGCAUUUAUUAAGGAUCCUGAUGGCUAUUGGAUUGAGAUCUUUGACCUCAAAACUAUUGGAACCGUUACUGCUGCUGCUGCUUAAAAUAAUGCCUCUGAGACUUCAUGUGAAGAUGAAGAAUGGCUUUGUAUAAAAUCGGGGUUGCCGCCUUGGUGACAAUGCUGUAUAGCAAGUGACAUUUCAGGAGUUGCGAGGUUGUGGGUACGCAUCAUGCUUGAAAAGUCCUUAGAGGCUGAUGUUUUUACCUAUCAACAUGUGCUUUCAGUCUGCUCAUGUUUUUCUCUCUUUUCACACUUUUUUUGUUCAUAAGUAUGACAAUUUUAUUAGAAUAACGUACAUAGAGGGAACACUAAUGGGGAGAUUCAGAAAUUCUAGAGAAAUAGAAACAUGAGAACUGUUACGAGCGAUCA